AACGAACACUCGCUAAAAACAACUGCAACCGCAACGUUGUGGCACGCGUUUCUAUCGCACUACGAAAUAAAAAUAAAAAUAACAAAAAAAAAAAAAAAAAUUAGAAAAACAAUUAGACAAGAAACUUAGUCUUAGACUAAAAGCCCGCUAGUGGCCUGAACUGUCAACAAGUGCUAAAACAACAAAAACAUAUAGUACAGUGUGGCUCAAAUCGGUGCAAUAUAUACGACAUAAAUAUAUCUAACAAAAAGCAUAAACAAAGCCAAGGGAGCAUGCAACAUGUGUCGCGCAACUUUGAACUUUGAAUGAGAUCAGCGGCUAUUAAAGCCAGGCAAACAAACACUUGAAGACACACACACACCUACAUAUCACACACACACACACACACACUGGCAAACUCAUAAAAUUUUUUAGUGCCGCUCGCGUAGGAAGUCGCACGUAGGCAAAGCCCGAACGUUAGAAUGCGCGUGUGUAUUGCAGAUACAAUAAUAAGAAGAUACAAGACAAUCAAUUGAUUGGUGCAAACAUUACUAAAAACUGAACCGUUAGAAACUGCAGUUAACCAAACAAAAAGAAAACAAAACAAAAACAAAAAAACAACAACAAAUUAAAAUAUUCUCUAAUAAUAUCAAUUUGUUUUGUAUCUCGAGCCGAGCCAAAGCAUUGCCAAUGUUAUAAAAAAACAUUCAGUUGACAGUGUUUUUACGGAAAUGACCAGGUACAACACUGAACAAGGAGCUAUGGACCAGCAAUUCUGUUUACGCUGGAACAAUCAUCCCACAAAUUUGACCGGGGUGCUGACCUCGCUGCUGCAGCGCGAGGCGCUCUGCGAUGUCACCCUCGCCUGUGAGGGUGAAACAGUCAAGGCACAUCAAACCAUACUGUCAGCCUGCAGUCCAUAUUUCGAGACGAUUUUCCUGCAGAAUCAGCAUCCACAUCCCAUCAUAUAUUUGAAAGAUGUCCGAUACUCAGAGAUGCGCUCCCUGCUGGAUUUCAUGUACAAGGGCGAGGUCAAUGUGGGUCAGAGCUCGCUGCCGAUGUUCCUGAAGACGGCCGAGAGUCUGCAGGUGCGCGGUCUCACAGACAACAACAAUCUGAAUUAUCGCUCCGAUUGCGACAAGCUGCGCGACUCGGCUGCCAGCUCGCCCACUGGGCGUGGCCCCAGCUAUGGCGGCAUGGGCUCCCGCUGCGAACGCGACCUGCGCGACGAUCUGCAGCGCAGCAGCAGCAGCCUCAGUCUGAGCGAGCGCAGCUCCGCUGCUGCGGCGGCUGCUGCUGCCGCUGCCGCUGUGGCAGCAGCCGGUGGCAAUGUGAAUGCAGCUGCCGCUGCUCUCGGCCUGACCACCAGCGCCGGCGAACGAUCUCCCAGCGUGGGCAGCGCCAGUGCCGCGGCGGCUGCCAUGGCCGCUGCCGUUGCUGCUGCGAAUCGCAGCGCCAGCGCCGAUGCUCUUAACAGUCGCGGCGAUGCUGGCAGCGAUCGGGGCAGUGAACGGGGCACGCUGGAGCGUGCCGAUAGUCGGGAUGAGCUGUUGCAGCUGGACUACAGUACCAAGGAUAAUAAUAAUACUAAUAACAGCAGCAAUAACAACAGCAACAACAACAAUAGCAGCAGUAGCAGCACCAACAACAACAAUAAUAACAACAACAACAACAGCAGCAGCAACAACAACAAUCGAGAGCGCAACGAGAGCAGAGACAGAGAACGGGACAGAGAGCUGUCCACCACGCCCGUCGAUCAGCUGUGUAGCAGUAAGCGCAGACGUAAGAACUCAUCAUCCAACUGUGAUAAUUCGUUGUCCUCGAGCCAUCAUGCGAAUGCGGCCCACAUACAGGACAGACACUACGCGCAGGACUCUCAGGCCACCAAUUUCAAGUCGAGUCCGGUGCCAAAGACGGGCGGCAGCACAUCCGAGUCAGAGGAUGCGGGCGGCGGCGGCGGCAGCGGCUGUCGGCGCGAUUCACCGCUCUCGAUGACCGUUGGCCAUUUGGGCGGCGGCAAUGUGGGCGCGGCCAGUGCGCUAAGCGGCCUCAGCCAGUCGCUAAGUAUUAAGCAGGAGCUAAUGGAUGCACAGCAACAGCAGCAACAACAUCGCGAGCAUCACGUCGGCCUGCCACCCGAAUACUUGCCGAGCGCUGCUCUCAAAAUGCACGAGGACAUGUCCACGCUGUUAACCCAACAGCUGCAGGCCGCCGAUGCGCGGGAGGAGCACAACGAUGCCAAACAGAUGCCACUCGAUCAGACGGACAACAUUGACGGUCGCGUUAAAUGUUUUAACAGUGCCCGCAAGCAGGAAGCGGACGACGAUGUCGAGAUCGAUGUGGCCGUCGCCGUCGUCCAGGAUGUGGACGUCGAUGAGGAGGCAGAGGCGGCAGCAACACUCGCCUAUCAUCAUGCCACGCCCAAAUACAGGCGCGCCAUCAUCUAUGCGCCGCACGACGAGGAUAUGCCCGCAGCAGAUCUGUAUAUGGACAAUAGCUAUAACUGCGAGUACAAGUGCAAGGAGCGCAAUAUGCGCGCCAUACGCUGCAAUCGUCAGCAACAUCAUCCGCAUCCACAUCCGCAUCCACAUCCGCAUUCGCAUCCGCAUCAGCAUCAGUUGGCGACGGCGCCGCAAACAGCGCUGAAUCUGGGCCGGCACAGCAGCGGAGUUGUAGCCGCUACCGCAGCGGAAACUCUGUGCGGCGCUGAGGCAGCAGCGGCCUACUCGCCCACGCCCACCUCCAGCAGCAGCAGCUAUCGAGAGCAACAGCAACAGCAGCAGCAAUCGCACUUGAGCUAUGCGCUGCAGCAGUCGCCCAAUGGAGCACAGCAGCUGGAGUUGGCGCACAGCUAUGGACAUCAUGGACAUCAUGGGCCACCGCCGCCGUCAUCGUCGUCGUCCUCCCUGGCAGCCAGCACUUCGCAGCAAUCGCCGCAUUAUCAGCCCGCCAUUGGUUCACUCUCGCCGCAACCCAGCUCCUCCUCAUCAUCAACCUCUGCAGCAGCGGCGGCGGCGGCAGCAGCAGCAGCGGCAGCGGCAGCGGCUGCGAAUCGUCGGGAUCAUAACAUAGACUACUCAACACUGUUCGUACAGCUAUCUGGUACGCUGCCCACGCUCUACCGCUGCGUCAGCUGCAACAAGAUCGUGUCGAACCGCUGGCAUCACGCCAACAUCCAUCGGCCGCAGAGCCACGAGUGCCCCGUCUGUGGCCAGAAGUUCACGCGUCGCGACAAUAUGAAGGCCCAUUGCAAGAUCAAGCAUGCGGAUAUCAAGGAUCGUUUCUUCAGCCAUUAUGUACAUAUGUGAUCACUUCUUUAGAUAGUUACGCUCACGAUAUGUAAACAAGCCCCCCUUGAAAAAUCAAAACAAAUAUGAAAGUCUGCACCAGAGUUAGAAAUUAUUUAUUAUGUAGCGCCCUAAGAGUUUCCGAGAGUUUCCUUACGCAAUUUUUCUUGAAAGACAGGUCUAAAGCAAAGUUAAACAAAUCAAAUCAAACCGAAUCAAAUCGUAUCGUAUCAUAUAGUAUCGAAUAAAAGGUUUUCAAUAUAUAAAUCUUAAUAAGCCCACACAUACGUAAUAUUAUAAUACUAAAUGAACUCAAGAUUCUAUCGAAGCAGAUUCUUUAGCUUUGAUAUCAAAGAAAUAUCUCGUAGUUGAUUUAAAAGACUUUUUAUUAAUUGUUACUUAAAUAACCUUUAGAUGCUUUUUUACAUCAAUUCAAUUGUUAUUAUUAUUAUUAUUAUCAUUAUGAUUAUUAUUAUUAUUGUGAACCGCGGCCAGUACUUAAGAGCAAACUUUAUAAAGUAUUACAUUAGAAUUCCACGACGUUAUGCUUCCAGUUUUUCUUGAUUUAUAAUUUUGUUUUCUUUAUUUAUGAAACAAUAUAAAAAUAAUAUUUAACAUGUGCUGUAGUGAGUUUUUUGACUAAUACUAUUUUGUGUGCCAUAUUAUCUAGUACUUAAUUAAACAAUCAAAUAAUUAAACAACAAAAUACUUAAUUCUUAUCAUGAAAUGCAACGAGUGAGGCAUGCAACAACGAGACUACUUCAGUAGCUGAAAAUUAUGAAAAAGCAAAGUGGGAAAACCGAAAAUCAAAAACCAAACAAAAGCAAUAAAAAUUAAUAUAUAAUACCGAACAAAUUUCUUCAGCAAUUAAGAAAAGCAAAAAAAGAAACAAUAAAUAUUUUAAAUAUAUUAUAAAUUGUUAAGAAAAAACAACUGAAUGACGAUUGCGCCCAAUUUCAAGAAUAAGCAUUUACCUAGUGCAAAAAUGAGCCCCCUGUGUGCACUUAUCUAAGAUUCGGUAUUAUAUCAUUGAAGAGUGUAUAUUAUAAAACUCUGAUAUGAUAUACAGUUUAUAUACGUUUUAGAGUGUAUACAUAACACUCAUAUUUUCUCUCCCCAUCCAUCUAUAUAAACAUCUUUAUAAUUUAGAUAUAAAACAUUUAUUACACGUUCGAUAUUGUAUUAUCAUAUCAUUCAUAUGGUAUUAUAUCUUGGAGAAGUAUACAUAAUAUUCUUGAUUUGAUAUAACAGUCUGAUGUUUACAGUAUGUCAAGGAUAUGCCAGUAGAUAAUGUCUCAUAUUAUUUCAGUGCAUUCAUCUGAUCAUAAAUUGGACCUAUAGUAAUUCUACAAUCUUUGAGAGUAUAUAUAUAUAUUGCUCUUGUUGUGCAUUCAUUAAGAGGUAUACAGCAUCAUAAAAUAUGAUAUGAUAUAUCAAUAUAUAUGAUAUAUCGAUUUUGAGCCUAUAUCAAAUCUAUAAAAUAUUUUUUUUUGAUUUUAUAUUAUAUCAUAUUGUGCAUACAUAAUGGCAUAGGUCUAUGAUAUAGGUUUUGGAUAUAUUAUAUCAUUUAAAACUAUAUAUCAAAUAUAUGAUUUGUGGUAUUUCCAUGUCCAUAAAUUGGUAUAAUAUCAACUCCUAUCUAUAAUUUAUGAUGUAACCCUGCUCUAUGAAAUAUACUUUAAGGAGUAUCAUAUAAUUUCAACACAAAUAUACUCUUAUAAUUUACAUACAUAUCUAUGAUAAGAUAUAAUGCCAAUCCUUUAUGUAUUUGCAUUGAAAUUGGGCGCUCGUUAGAUUUAUAUCUACUACAAAUACAAUAUGUUUCUCGUAUCUUUGGCAAAACACCCACCGAAUUCGAUUAGUUGCAUAUUUUCAUAAUCACAUCUUUCAACUUAUAAACAAAUAUAUAUUAUUGAAAGUGGUUUGCUAAAGUUACUUUAAAUCUAUUUCACACUCUAUGAUCAGCAAUAAACAAAUGUAUUUUAAAAGCAAAAAUAGUCGUAGUUUAAACAAAUGAAAUCCAAAUAUGCAAACAAAAUAUCAAACCAGCAAAUAUUACUUAACGUCUUUAACUUUACUUAAUAAAACUCUUUCAAAUCAAA